AUGUCAAAAAUUAUCCUCUCCAUCAACGCCGGCUCCAGCUCGGUCAAGAUCUCUGUUUACACAGCGACAUCAGGAUCCGAGCCAAAGCAACUCGCAGAAACCCAAAUCGAUGGCCUUACUUCUCCCCCGCCGCAACUGAAAUACACACGCGCCUCCAAAUCCAUCUGUAAAGCUCAGAAACUAGAAGAGAAAAUCACGACACAGAAAGAUGCUUUCCAACACAUGCUCAAGAUGCUUAUUGACGACUCCGAAUUUCCAGACAUCCAGAAGCAGGAGGACAUUGCCAUCGUCUGCCACCGCGUUGUGCACGGCGGCGACUUCGCAACUCCCCAGAUCAUCAACGAAGACACAUACCAUAAACUCGAAGCCCUAACUGAUCUCGCGCCGCUGCAUAAUGCCCCAGCCUUGGAAAUAGCGCAAUACUGCAUCAAGGGAAUGCCCAAGACGAGGAAUGUGGCCGUCUUCGACAGCGAGUUCCACCAGACUAUGCCGGAGCAUAUCAGGACGUAUCCGAUCAACCAAGAUAUCGCGAAGAAGAACAAGUUGCGGAAGUAUGGAUUCCAUGGGAUUAGUUACUCGUUUAUUACGAGGAGCGUGGCUGAGUUCUUGGGCAAGAAGGAGAGUGAGACGAGUUUGAUUGUGUUACAUCUGGGUAGUGGUGCCAGUGCGUGCGCGGUGAGGGGUGGGAAAAGUUGGGAUACGAGUAUGGGCCUGACGCCGCUGGCGGGCUUGCCAGGUGCAACGAGAAAUGUAGGAAGGAUCUCUCCAAACUCAACCGCGGACCUGCACAUCUCCCGCGCAGAAGAGAUCUUGAAUAAAGAAUCUGGGUGGAAGUCGCUAACUGGCACCACGAGCUUCGGCACCAUCGUCGCAUCAGACGAUCCCAAGAUGAAACUCGCGUUCGACAUCUUGCUUGACAGAAUCAUGAACUACAUCGGUGGCUACUACGUGACCUUGCACGGAAAGGUUGACGCGUUGGUCUUUGCAGGUGGUAUUGGCGAGAAAAGUUACUUUUUGAGGAGGAGAGUCGCGGAAGAGGCGGCGUGUUUAGGGUUUGAGAUUGACAGAGAGAAGAAUAGCAAGGUGAUUGAGGAUGUGGUGCAGGAUGUUGGGAAGGAGGGCGCCAAGCACAAGCUGCUAGUUUGCCAGACUGACGAGCAGUUUGAGAUGGCGAGGCUUUGCACUAUGGAUGAUAAGUUAUUUAAACUGAUGUAG